AUGAAUCUCUAUCGGCAAUCCAGCUUCUACGAUCCAUGCUACCAGCCUUGCUACCAGCCUUGCCAUCCGCCGCCUAGCUGUGGCCUCUACAACCCCUGCAGCUACGGUUACGGCUCUAGCUAUGGCUCCGGCGGUUACAGCUCUGGCGGUUACAGCUCUGGUGGUUACGGUUCCUGUGGUUAUGGCUCUGGUGGUUAUGACUCCUGUGGUUAUGGCUCCGGUGGUUACGGAUCCUGUGGUUACGGCUCCGGUUAUGGCUCUGGAGGCUACAGCUAUGGCCACGGUUAUGGGUCCAGUGCUUCAUGCAUCCCCCCAUGUAGUUACGGUUACCGGUACUACAGUUAUGGCAGAAGCUGCUAUGACCCAUGCGAUUACGGCCCCAUUCCUGUCUGCCGCAAGCCCUGCUACGCAUACCGGUGCCGUUACAGCUGCAAGCCGAUCUCCUGCGACCCGUGUUACUACAGCGGGAGAGCAUUAGGCUUCUCUGCGUAUCGGGGAUACAGCAGCCGGGGGUACAGUAGCUGCGGAUCCUGUUAA